AUGGCCAUUUCGAAUGAUAACCCCGGGCUUGUCCUCAAGAUGGAGGGCAAGUCCUCGUUGUUGAUCUGGGUCUUCGAUAUCGUCUUCAACUUCGUCGUCAAGGUCUUCUUCAACGUGGUUUUCGACGUGGUUUUCAAACUGGUCAAACAGCAAGUUCAGACAACCAUGCUUUUCCUCGAACGGCGCGAGAUUGAGCUCCAAAGGCUCAUUGUCGAUGACUGGGGCAGGUGUAUCAUGUUUAUCGAUCUUGAAUCUGGCUACUUUGACCGUUUCCUAUCCCUUCCCAAGGAGAGACAUGUGGGCAUCGUCGACGACCACCAAACUUCAUCAUGUCCUCGAUACGGCACAGAUAGCAGGGCCAUGUUCUAUCCUGAAGUGUGCCCGACAUGUGCCGAAAGAACUCAAGACCAAGCAAUUCAGAGCGAGGAUGAUGAAUAUGAAGAAAAUGAGACCCAUGUAGAGAUGGUCCACCAAGAUGACCUUUUCCUACCAGCCAUACGGAUCGCAAAACUCUGGAAGUCUCAAGAGGUCAUUAUAAUGACAGCAGUGGAGCGCGAGCUCCUAUAUAAGCAUAUGAUGGCUAUGGACCAGUUUGAAAGCAAGCUGAUUCUGCACGAACACACCGACACCUCAGUGGGAAGGUCGGACACACAGGUCUUCCUCAAUUGUCUGGCGGCCCCGAGCCAGGCAAAUGAGAUGAUCAGGAUGGUUGCUAAUGAAGCAGAUGACGCUGAGCUGGACCAAACCACUGCCAAGGCCCAGGAGACUGGAGUUGAAGUGAAGGGUCGCAUGUCGCUGUCGGCACCAGCACCCGCGUAUGAGAGCGUAUGCCAGGCUUUGGCCCUGGACCUGCACAACCCUCUGCUGUUCAUGCUAAGCCAGAUGAACUAG